AUGGCUGCUCAGGCUGCCCCGGAGCUCGCGAAGCUUGACUUGAACAAGAAUACCGGUUCUGUCGAGGCCAACACCGUCUCAGCUGGUGGUUCAGAAAAAGAAGAUGUUGAGAAUGAAGGAGAUUCCGACGAAGACAGAGAUGAUGAGCAGGCGGGCGGCUCUACCGAAGUAAAUGGAGAGAUUGUGGAGUAUCUAAACGAAAAUUCCUACCGUACCACAAACGAAGAGAAGCGACACCUUGACCGUAUGAACAAUGAUUUCCUCACUGAAUAUCGCCAGGCCGCUGAGAUCCACCGUCAGGUUCGUCAGUAUGCCCAAAAGGAGCUGAUCAAGCCUGGUGCCACCCUUACCGAUAUCGCGGAGGGUAUCGAGGACGGAGUCCGCCACCUGACCGGCCACAUGGGUUUGGAAGAGGGGGACAGUUUGGUUGCCGGAAUGGGCUUCCCUACCGGAUUGAACAUCAAUCACUGUGCCGCUCAUUAUUCUCCCAAUGCCGGGAACAAGGUCGUUCUUCAACACGGUGAUGUCAUGAAGGUUGAUUUUGGCGUCCACAUCAAUGGCAGAAUCGUCGACAGCGCCUUCACCGUUGCAUUUGAUCCUGUUUUUGACCCUUUACUUACCGCUGUCAAGGAGGCAACCAACACUGGAAUCAAGGCAUCUGGUAUCGAUGUCCGCAUGAGUGAUAUCGGCGCAGCGAUCCAGGAAACUAUGGAGAGUUACGAGCUCGAGCUCAAUGGAACCUCCUACCCUAUCAAGGCAAUUCGUAACCUGAAUGGUCACACGAUCGGCCAAUAUGAAAUUCACGGUGGAGUCAAUGGCAAGAGCGUCCCGAUUGUCAAAGGUGGUGACCAGACCAAGAUGGAAGAGGGUGAAACCUAUGCUAUUGAAACCUUUGGCAGUACCGGGAAGGGAUACGUUAGAGAUGAUAUGGAAACCUCACACUACGCUAAAGUUCCAAAUGCUCCAAGCGUGCCUCUUCGAUUGUCUUCUGCAAAGAACUUGUAUAGUCUUAUUAACAAGAACUUUGGCACUCUACCUUUCUGCCGUCGAUACCUCGAUCGUCUCGGACAGGAAAAGUACCUUCUUGGGUUGAACAACUUAGUCUCCUCUGGACUUGUCGAUGCAUACCCUCCACUCUGUGAUGUGAAGGGAUCUUAUACCGCCCAGUUCGAGCAUACUAUCUUGCUCCGACCAAAUGUCAAAGAAGUCAUUAGUCGUGGUGACGACUACUAG